UGGACCAAUCACAGUUCGCCAGAACCAUUUUAAGUUUUAACGCAUCGCGAUUGUGGUAAAGAAAAUCUCAUUGCGAAAAUGGCAACCACCUUCGGCACCCCAUCGACGGUCGUAGGACUCGUCAGCAUAUCGCCGUUGUCCGCUCCACGCCUCACCUCAGGGUUUCUGAAAUCGCCGGUGAAGGCAAGGAACCCUCUGAGAAUAGCGGGUGCCUCAGGAGGAAGAUUUACGUGUUUCGAGAGGAAUUGGCUGAGGACGGAUUUCAAUGUGAUCGGGUUCGGGUUGAUCGGUUGGAUAGCUCCAUCGAGUAUACCCGCAAUCAAUGGGAAGAGCCUGACUGGACUCUUCUUUGAGAGCAUUGGGGCUGAGCUCGCUCACUUCCCUGCCCCUCCUGCUCUCACUUCACAGUUCUGGCUAUGGUUGAUCACGUGGCACUUAGGGCUGUUCUUGUGCCUCACUUUUGGGCAAAUUGGCUUCAAGGGAAGGACUGAAGACUACUUUUGAAUCCUCCGCUUUCAUGGCCUGUUUUCCUUUUGCUUUUGUGCCUCUCAGGCUCUCACCUCCUUGUAAUCUAUUAAUGUAUCUCUAUUCGCUACUUUUUUCUCUUUUUUUAUUCUGUUAGAAAUUCUGCGUGUUACAUCUCCAUGACUCCAUCUCCUUCCUUUGUACUGUCUGUGCUCAUACCCUCUCAUGCCGCCCUUUAACAUUCCUCUCAAUGUAACGUAAAGUACUCUUGUUUCCUGCCA